AUAUUCUUUCUGCUGUAUAUUUAAUAUUUUGUAAUAUUUACGCUGCAAAUACUUGAUUUAUUGCAAUGGUGGAGUAACUCAAAGUACUUCCGGUUUUGUUGCCGCGAUCCCUUUUGUCUGUGUUUAAAGUAAAAUCGCAAAAUCUACACAAUGAGUGGUGGAGUCUACGGUGGGGAUGAAGUUGGAGCCUUGGUGUUUGAUAUUGGAUCAUACUCUUUUCGAGCAGGCUAUGCAGGCGAGGACACACCAAAGGCUGAGAUCCCUACAAAUGUUGGAGUAGUGGAAGAAGUCGAGGCUGCUAUGGAGACAGAUGGGGGAGAUCAACCAUUGCAGCCAGAUAAGAAGUACUAUAUUGACACUGUCUACAUGAAGCAUCCCCGCAAAGGCAUGGAACUAUGCAGCUUUUUGAAAGAUGGCAUGAUUGAAAACUGGGAUAUGUUUGAGAAGGUGAUGGACUACGCAUAUGGAAAAAGUAUCAAGUCUGAGGCUUCCCUUCACCCACUUCUUAUGUCAGAGCCAGCAUGGAAUACAAAGUCAAAACGAGAAAAGUUGACAGAAAUCAUGUUUGAGAAAUACAACAUUCCAGCUUUUUUUCUCUGCAAGAAUUCAGUCUUAUCAGCAUUUGCUAAUGGGAGGUCAACAGCUCUUAUUCUAGACAGUGGAGCGACACACACUUCAGCAGUACCAGUAUAUGAUGGUUAUGUUCUUACACAUGGCAUCGUCAAGUCUCCACUCGCCGGUGAUUUCAUGACAAUCGAAUGUCGAAAGCUAAUGGAUGAGCUUGGUGUUGAAGUUGUGCCCCCUUAUCUCAUUCAAAGCAAGGAGGCAGUGGGAGACAAACAGCCCCCAAAAUGGAAGAAGAAGGAAAUUUUUGAUGUGACAAAGUCUUUCCAUAACUGCAUGGUAAAGGAUGUUUUGCAAGAUUUUGCUGCUUCAGUUCUGCAAGUCUUUGAUACACCAUAUGAUCAGAAUUCUGUGGACUCUAUGCCAUGUGUACAUUAUGAGUAUCCUAAUGGCUACAACCAGGAUUUUGGCUAUGAAAGAUUCAAGGUCUGCGAAGGACUCUUUGACCCAUCAGUCAUUAAGGAAGCACAAGGCAAUUCUAUGCUUGGUGUUGGGCAUGUAGUCACCACAAGUGUUGGCAUGUGUGACAUUGACAUCAGACCAAGUCUCUAUGGUGGAGUGAUAGUGGUGGGUGGUAACUCUCUCAUUCAAGGUUUUACUGAUCGCCUGAAUAGAGAUUUGAGCAACAAGACCCCUCCUAGCAUGCGCUUGAAAAUUAUUGCUGCAGCGAGCUCAGCAGAAAGACGGUUUAGUAGCUGGAUUGGAGGUUCUAUUCUGGCCUCACUGGGCUCCUUCCAGCAAAUGUGGGUUUCCAAGCAGGAAUAUGAAGAAGGUGGAAAGGGCUGUGUGGAAAGAAAGUGUCCCUAAGAUAUUUGAUCUGUAUUGUCUUCAACCCUUUCUCACAUUUUCCUCUAACCCCCAGCAUCCUUCAACCUCGUGUUGUGUCUUUUUUUUGUCUCUGAUCGUUUUAUCAUUUGCACUCUAAAAAAAAAAUCAUUGUUUUGUUCAAAAGACUUCAUUAUACACUGCCUUUACCAUCAGCAAUCAUGUGAACUCUGCCAUUAUCAUUCUCACCAUGUUAUCAUCCUCAUAUAUCCUGCCCAGGAUACAAAUAUAAAGAGCAAGCAGCAUUUUUAGAGCUGCCUGAAUGGACUGGUUGGAUUGCAUUGUCAUAAAAAUGAGUUGAUAAGGAGCAGAAAUUAAACUGCUCUUAUUAAGAAAAAA